AUGGCGUCUGACAGUUCCGACGACGAUAUGCCCCUUUCGCGGUCCAACGGCCACGCCCGCGCCAGCGACAGCAUGGAUGUCGACUCCCCUGCCACCAACGGCAACAAGAGGAAGUCCCGCAGUUCCAUUUCGAAGCCGACCUACAAAGAAGAGUCUGACAGCGAGGACGCUUCCCAGCCUCUGGCCAAGCGCCCCCGUCCCAGUACCAAGGCCGCGGAUUCCGACACGGAUGACGAGCCGAUAAACAAGUCCCGAGGCCGAAAGCCCCCUGCAACGUACGCCGACUCCUCCGACGAUGACGCGCCGCUAGGCGCCAAACGCACCAAGAAGCCCACCCCUGCCAAGAACGGUGUCAAGGCCAAAAAGGCCGUCAAGGAUGAGUCUGAUGACGACAGGCCCAUGGCCAAGGCGGCCGCCAAGCGUCAGUCUACGGGCUCUACGGCCGCCAAGAGGAAGUCGAACGGAGUUAAGAAGGAGGAGUCCGACUCGGAUGCGCCCAUCUCGAGGAAGACCAAGGCUGCGCCCGCAAGGAAGGGCAAGGCGGCUGCUGCCCCUAGCAAGGAGAGCAAGAGAGCCAAGUCGAAGCCCACGAGCGACGAGGAUGAGGACGAGUAUGCCUGGUGGAACGCCCCCAAGCCGGAAGACGACACCAUAAAGUGGCAGACGCUGGAGCACAACGGCGUCCUCUUCGCGCCUCCGUACGAGCCCCUCCCUAAGCACGUCAGGAUGCUGUACGACGGUAAGCCCAUCCAGCUCAGCGUCGAGGCAGAGGAGGCAGCCACUUUCUGGUGUGCCAUGAUGACGCAAGGUUCGUCUCAUCAUCUGGAGAACCCCAAAUUCCGUGAAAACUUCUUCAAGGACUUUUCCGAGUUCGUCAAAAAGUACGGUGCCACCGACCUGCAAGGGAACAAGGUCCAGAUCAAAAGUCUUGAAAAGUGCGACUUCACCAAGAUGGCCGAGUACUGGAUAGCCAGGACAGAAGCUGCCAAGACCAAGAACCUCUCCAAGGAGGAGAAGGAUGCUGCCAAGAAGAAGAAGGAGGAGAUGGAGGCGCCCUUUACACAUUGCAUGUGGGACGGCCGGAAGCAAAAGGUGGGCAACUUCAGGGUCGAACCGCCCAGUCUGUUCCGUGGACGUGGCGAGCACCCCAAGACUGGGAAGAUCAAGACGCGAGUACAGCCGGAGCAGAUCACUAUCAACAUUGGCAAGGAUGCCAAGGUCCCCGAGCCUCCCAAGGGCCACAAGUGGAAGGCUGUCCAGCACGAUCAAAAGGCAACCUGGCUGGCCAUGUGGCAGGAGAACAUCAACGGAGCCUACAAGUACGUCAUGCUUGCCGCCUCCAGCGAUAUCAAGGGCCAGAGCGACUACAAGAAGUUUGAGAAGGCCCGGGAGUUGAAGAAUCAUAUCGAGAGGAUCCGCAAGGACUACACCAAGGAACUCAAGAGCGAGGUCAUGGCGGACCGUCAGAGAGCCACGGCCAUGUACCUCAUCGACAAGCUCGCCCUACGAGCAGGCAAUGAGAAGGACACGGAGAACGAGGCGGAGACUGUCGGCUGCUGCUCCCUCAAGUACGAGCACAUCUCCCUCGAGCCCCCCAACAAGGUCACGUUCGACUUCCUGGGCAAGGACAGUAUCCGUUACAACGAGACUGCCCAGGUCGAGCCACAAGUCUUCAAGAACCUCAAGCUCUUCAAGAAGGCACCCAAAACCGACGGCGAUGACGUGUUUGACCGUCUAACUACCUCGCAACUCAACAAGCAUCUCAACAGCUACAUGCAAGGCCUGACUGCCAAGGUGUUCCGUACCUACAACGCCUCUUGGACGAUGGGACAGCUUCUCAACGAGCUUGAGAACGACCCUCGUUCGCGUGGGACCAUUGCCGAGAAAGUCAAGCUGUAUAACGACUGCAACCGCAAGGUGGCCAUUCUAUGUAAUCACAAGCGUACUGUGGGGGCCGGACACGAGCAACAGAUGCAGAAACUCGGUGAUAGGAUCAAAGGGCUUCGGUACCAGAAGUGGCGGACCAAGAAGAUGAUCUUGGAUCUCGAUCCUACGCAGAAGAAGAAGAAGGGCGCCGCUUGGUUCGAACUCGACGACGACCUCGACCAAGCUUGGAUCCAGGAGCACCAGCAGUUCCUCGUUGAGGAGCUGCGCACCAAGAUCACCAAGAAGUUCGAGAAGGACAAUGAGAAGCGUAAGGCCGAUAAGGAGAAGCCUCUGCCCGAGAAGGAGCUCAAGGAGCGCCUCCAAGCAGUCAAGGAGCUCGAGGCCAAGUUCAAGAAGGAGAACAAGACGAACAAGGUUGAAGCGGAGGGCAAGGGUGUCACAGUGGACAAGUUGAUGAAGUCUAUUGAGAAGCUUGAUGACCGUGUCAAGGUCCUCGAGACACAAGCCGAGGACCGUGACGGUAACAAGGAGGUCGCCCUGACCACCUCGAAGCUGAACUACAUCGAUCCUCGCUUGACUGUCGUGUUCUCCAAGAAGUUCGAUGUGCCCAUCGAAAAGUUUUUCUCCAAGACAGUCCGCGACAAGUUCCGCUGGGCCAUCAAGUCUGUCGAAGACACUGAGGACUGGACUUUUUAG